AUGGGGAACAGUGCUGCGAGCAAUGCUGGGAAGACUAUUGCCAAGGGCAUGAAGCUCCCGAACGUAACCUUGGAUAAGGGCUUCCCGCCGAAGAAGAUCCCGCUUCAAGAGAUCAUCGGUGGCAAGAAGGUGGUGAUGGUGGGCUUGCCGGUCCCUGGCUACUUGGCAAAACAAGCUGAUCUGAAGGCCAAGGGCGUCUCUGAUGUCAUUGUCUACUGCGUGAACGACACCGCUGUGAUGGAUGCUUGGGCGAAGGAUCAGAAGAUCGAUGGCUCCAUCGUGUCUUUCUACGGUGACAGCGGCUCUCUGCUCACCAAAGAGAUUGGCCUUGAGUUGACCCAUGCUGGGGUCAUGGCUGCUUUGGGCAACCCCCGGUGCAAGAGGCAUGCCAUGAUUGUGGACGACAUGGAGGUGAAGGAAGUUUGGGUCGCGGCCUCGGAGGAGGACCCCGCUGGUGACUCCAAGCCGGAGGACACGAUGGUCGACAACGUUCUCAAGAACCUCUAG